CCACUGAACAAUGCUGGUGCUUCUAACGCUCUCUGUGUUGGUUUUGCAAUUUUCACCAGCAUCGUUUCAGAGCUCACCGCAAGUUAUACAGAACUUAGACCGGAAUGCCUGCUCACUGGUUGUAUGUGGACCAGCUGAGAAGGGGUUACCAGGGAUAAAUGGGAGAGAUGGAGCCCAAGGACCAAAAGGGGACAAGGGAGAACAAGGGUUGGAAGGACCAAGAGGAAUUCUUGGUCCUCCCGGAAAAAUGGGACCAGCUGGACCACAAGGAGAAAGGGGGACCCAAGGAGAGCAAGGACCCAAAGGAGAUGCUGGAGCAAUGGGACCGCGUGGAAUCCGAGGUUUGCAGGGUCCUCCAGGAAGCAUCGGCCCCUCUGGAGCACAAGGCAACAAUGGCCCACAGGGUGAAAAAGGCGUCAAGGGAGAAACAGGUCCGAAAGGAGCUACUGGUGCCCAAGGUCCCAUAGGUGCCACAGGUGUCGGAGGGCCCAAAGGCGACAGAGGCCCAAUGGGUGAAAAGGGAGCGAAAGGAGAUGUAGGAGAAAGAGGAUUACAAGGAGUGACUGGUCCCCAAGGGCCAGUGGGGAAACCAGGAUCUCCUGGAUCCAAAGGAGAUAAAGGAUCUAUAGGUGACAAAGGGACCAAAGGUGACAGCGGUCUCUCAGAGGUCAACCUUAUGAAAAAACAAGUCAGUGACCUAGAGGGGCAGCUAAGAGCCUUGCAAGCCAGUUUCUCCAAAUAUCAAAAAGUUGCAGCAUUCCCGGGAGGGCGAAUCGUCGGUAACAAAGUAUUCGUAACCAGCGGCUACGAAGGCAACUUUGAUGACCUGAAGCAAAAGUGUCUGCAAGCCGGGGGCCAGCUGGCCACCCCCAAAAAUGCUGCGGAGAACACAGCCAUUCAACAGAUAGUUGUUCAGCAUAACAAGUCGGUCUUUCUUGGGGUAACUGAUAUCCAGACGGAGGGGAAAUUUAGGUACCUGAAUGGCGAUGCCAUCGUUUACUCCAACUGGCUGCAGGGAGAACCCAAUAACGAAAAGGGCAGGGAGAACUGUGUAGAAGUUUAUGUGAAUGGAAAGUGGAACGACCGGGCCUGCGGGGAAAAGAGGCUAAUACUCUGUGAAUUUUAG